AUGAUUGAUGCGGUCAUUAAAGACGUUGUGUCUGAUUCGCAAAAUAUGGUGGACGUUAAUAAUUCAAAUCUCGAUGAUUGUGUGCGUUGCUACGAACCUAUGGUUGAUGAUUCUAUUCGGAAAGAAGAUUCGCCGCUUCCUUCUGAUGCAGAUAUUUCUGAAAUAAAUCAAAUGAUGAAUUUGUUAUCUGAUUCCGAGGAAAUAAUAUGUCAAAGUCGUUUUUCUGACGAUUCUCCGGCUGAAGAAAAUAUCACACAACAUCCAUCUCCCGAUUGUAGCUUAAAUCAUAUAGAUUUUGAUUGUGAUAACCAUUUCUGUCCCUGGUUUGUUGAAAAAGAUAUUUUACCUCUACAGUCAGUUGAUUCCAAUAUCACCGACUUAGCAUAUACCCCUCAAGCAAACACGCCUCUCUCUUCUUACUUAGAAGCAACACAACAAGCUUCUUGA